UCCCGGACAGUCGCGCGCAGCUGGACCCAGGCACGCAGUUGGGCCUCAGCAGUGCACAGGGUCGGUCCGAACCUCAUGGAGUUGAGCCUAGCGGGGCGCCGGGCGCUCGUCACUGGAGCGGGCAAAGGCAUCGGGCGCAGCACUGUCCAGGCGCUGCACGCGGCGGGUGCACAAGUGGUGGCUGUGAGCCGGACCCAGGCCGACCUGGACAGCCUGGUCCGCGAGUGCCCAGGGGUAGAGCCUGUGUGUGUGGACCUGGGUGACUGGGAGGCCACGGAGCGAGCGCUGGGCGGCGUGGGCCCUGUGGACCUGCUGGUGAACAAUGCUGCCGUGGCGCUGCUGCAGCCCUUCCUGGAGGUCACCAAGGAGGCGUGUGACACGUCUUUUGACGUGAACCUUCGGGCUGUCAUCCAGGUGUCCCAGAUCGUGGCCCGAGGCUUAAUAGCUCGGGGAGCCCCGGGGUCCAUCGUGAAUGUCUCUAGCCAGGCCUCCCAGCGCGCACUGACUAACCACAGCGUCUACUGUGAGCAAGCCUCGGCUGUGCCCUGCCCCUCACCCCCCACCCCCCAGCCUGAGCAGCCAGCUCAGGCUCCACACAGGCUGUCUCUCCUCACAGGCUCCACCAAGGGUGCCUUGGACAUGCUGACCAAGGUAAUGGCUCUGGAGCUUGGGCCACACCAGAUCCGUGUGAAUGCACUCAACCCCACAGUGGUGAUGACACCCAUGGGCCAGGCCAACUGGAGCGACCCCCAGAAGGCCAAGACCAUGCUGGAUCGCAUCCCACUUGGCAAGUUUGCCGAGGUGGAGAACGUGGUAGACACCAUCCUCUUCCUGCUGAGUGACCGCAGCAGCAUGACCACAGGCUCCACUGUGCCGGUGGAUGGAGGCUUCCUGGCUACCUGAGCCCCUCCACCCACACACACACAUGUUCCAUGCUGAGCCCACUUUUACCCCCACCCCCCUUCCCCAUCCCUCCAAUAAACAUGAUUCUUCUGCCCAGCCUGCACACUCAUUCCUAGGCUGCAGUCAAGUGGCUGGAAGAUGUAGCACUCAGGGCUGGGUGUGGGGAUGAGUCCCAGGUAGAGGCAACCAUUCAACUCACAUCCUGGGCCAGUGGCAGCCUGUCCCUCCUGUGAGAGAUUUUCAGGCCUGGCUAAGUCCCUGGCAGGACUGGGACGUAGAAUCUUCCAGAAGGCCAGCUCCUAAUGAGAGUGGUGAAUUUGACCGAGGAUGGCCUUUGGCCCUGUCCAGAGGUCUCUGGUAUGGAAGCAGUGGUGUUUUUAACAUGAGUGUUGGUUGGCAUUCCUGAAGUCCAUGCAUAAGACAAAC